UCUGAGGUGCCUGAGAGACACGCGUCCGUUCACCGAUCGCAGACGACGUUUUGACGCACGUUGAGCAAAAAGAGCCCGCCGCCGCGUAUUCUUUCAUGGAUUGUACCGAUGGUUGUUGACACGUCGCGACGCUACGUUUGCAGUGAUGAUGUGCAGUGUCAUGUGGCGAUUGUUGUGUAGGAGCAUGACCCAUGGAUAUUUGUUGCAGUUCUUCCUGCUCUUGCUGACAUUGCUGCAGUGCACCCACGGGUCAGGGAUUUUCGAACUGCAGGUGCUCGAGAUAGCGAACCCGCGCAGUGAAUUGAAAAGUGGCGAGUGCUGUGGAGGCGGUGUUCGGUCGCCGGUGACGGGACGCUGCUCGGCGCCAUGCAACACCUUCUUCCGGCUGUGCCUCAAGGAAUACCAAAGCAACAUCACCAGCACGGGUAGCUGCUCGUUCGGCAGCAACUCCAGCCAAGUGCUGGGAAGAGACUCGUUCACGUUGUCCGAUCCGGAACGCGGAAAACUGGUGCUGCCAUUCACAUUUAGAUGGACGAGAUCGUUUACCCUGAUAUUGCAGGCUAUGGAUCACAACAAUUAUUCGGUUCCUGCCGAAGACAACAUAAUUGAGGAGGCCAACUAUUCGGGAAUAAUUGAUCCGAGCUCGGAGUGGCACACGUUGAACCACAACAUCGCGUCCCGGCCCCGGAUUACGUACAGGGUGAGGGUGAAAUGCGACACGCACUAUUACAACGCGACGUGCACCAAGUUCUGCAGACCGAGGGACGACAAAUUCGGUCACUACAGAUGCGACACCAACGGCGACAAGGAGUGCAUUGAUGGCUGGAAGGGUUCGACAUGUGAAGUUGCUGUUUGUAAAACUGGAUGUCAUCCAACCCACGGGAAUUGCAACUAUCCCGGGGAAUGCAAUUGUCGACCCGGUUGGAAAGGAGAUUUCUGCGAUCAGUGCGAGCCCUAUCCGGGCUGCAAACAUGGAUAUUGCAACGGAUCUUCUUGGCAAUGCAUCUGCGAUACCAAUUGGGGUGGAAUUCUCUGCGAUCAAGAUUUGAACUAUUGCGGCACCCACGAACCGUGUCUCAACGGAGGGACCUGCGAAAACACCGCUCCCGACAAGUAUCGGUGCACUUGUCCCGAAGGUUUUUCGGGAGCGAACUGCGAAACCGUCGACAAUCCGUGCGCCCCGGCGCCCUGUCUCCACGGUGGCACAUGUCUGGAAGCGGGGGGCUCCUUCAACUGCGAAUGCGCCCCCGGAUGGACCGGACCCACAUGCAGCAUCGACAUUGAUGAAUGCGCCUCGGCCCCAUGUCAGAAUGGUGGCACUUGCGUGGACAUGGAGAAUUCCUUCAAGUGCCAGUGCUCAUCGGCCUGGGAGGGACACGUUUGCCAAAUCGAUGCUGACGAAUGCUUGACGAACCCGUGCAUUAACGCCGUCUCCUGCACGAACCUGGUCGGUGACUAUCAGUGCAAAUGCCGCGAAGGAUGGACGGGACAAAACUGCGACCAGAACAUCAACGAUUGCGUGGGCCAGUGUCAGCACGGCGCGACCUGCAUCGAUCUCGUCAACGAUUAUCACUGCGCCUGUCAGCCGGGCUAUACAGGAAGGGACUGUCGGACGGACAUAGACGACUGCGCCCCGAACCCCUGCAAAAAUGGUGGCGAAUGCGUGGACCAGAUCAACGGAUAUCGCUGCAUUUGUCCCGUGGGCAUCACGGGACACGAGUGCGAGAACGACUUCGACCACUGCAAUCCCGACCCUUGCCAAAAUGGUGCGCCUUGCUUCAAGGCACAAGGAGACUAUUAUUGCCACUGCAACGAAAGGUGGCAGGGCAAGAACUGCAGUCAGCCGAGAAUUACUUGCGAUAAUCCGCCAUGUAACGGAUUUGACAGCUGCGCCAUAGUAUCAGUUGGAGGCAGCCGAUCGACUGCUCCCAGUCUGUGCGGUGAACACGGACACUGCGUCAAACACGACAACGAUGUGUACAAAUGCCAGUGCCAACCCGGAUAUAAAGGAAAAUACUGUCAUGAGAACAUCAAUGACUGCGAGGACCAUCCGUGCAAGAACGGAGGCACUUGUGUGGACAGAGUUAACGCAUUCCAGUGCAUUUGCACUGAGGGAUGGGAAGGCGCUCUCUGCAGUAUAAACACAGACGACUGUAGCACCAACCCGUGCAGGAACAACGGUACGUGCAUCGACAGUGUAGCCGAUUUUGAGUGCGAAUGCACCAACGGCUGGAAAGGCAAGACCUGUUCACUUAAAGACAGCCACUGCGAUCACACGACGUGCAAGAAUGGAGGUACUUGUCAAGAUUUGGGCAACACGUUCGUGUGUAUCUGUCCCCCAGAAUGGGAAGGUACCACUUGCCAUUUGGCCAAGCAAACCAAGUGCAGAUCGAAUCCCUGCUUGAACGGAGGAACCUGCGUAAACACUGGUGAUUAUUACCAGUGCAUUUGCCGGGACGGUUUCGAAGGAAACCAUUGCCAGGACGACGUCAACGAUUGCAUUCCGCAGCCAUGCUACAACGGUGGCAAGUGUAUUGAUGGAGUGAAUUGGUUUUUGUGCGAGUGUGCUUUGGGAUUCACAGGGCCUGACUGUAGAAUUAACAUAAACGAUUGUGCCUCGAAUCCCUGUGGUUACGGAGGCACGUGCAUCGACGGAAUCGGGGAUUUCAGAUGUAUCUGUCCCCCUGGACGUAGUGGAAAGAUAUGCAGUGUGGAUGAUUUGUCUUAUCUUCCGUCACCUGGAAGUUGCUCUUGGAAAGGUCACACGUUGGAAAAUAAUGUCACAUGGCAACAUGAGUGCAAUACAUGUGUAUGCGCCAACGGUAUCGUUAAAUGCACGAAAAUUUGGUGCGGAUUAGGCAAUUGCAGAAUGUCCAAUCAGCAAAUGUGCAACAUGAACCAAGUUUGCGUACCCGCUCCAUCUGAGUCAUGUCUGUCGCCGCCUUGUAUGCCAUAUGGAGAAUGUAGGGACUUGGAGAGCGGCAGAAGAGUAAAGCCUCCAACUGUGCCCAGCCCUAGCACUUGUUGGCCUAACCAAGCUGUUUUGAGUAACACUUGCGCCAGGUUGACCCUGUUAUUAGACCGAAUUAAAUUACCACAAGGUAUAACGGUUGAGGGCCUCUGUGGCGACUUGAGAAGACUUUUGGCCAACCAACAAGCAAAUGAAGGUUUACAGGAUGAACUAUUCCUACUUUGCGACUUGAAAGCUGAUUACAAUGACACUGUAGAAGUAACUCUGUCUGGAAGCAACUGGGUUCUAGAUGGAAUCCGAGUAGUCGGGGAAGCAAUUUCCAGGAAACAGACCACGUUACUUGCCUUGACGUCGAUAGUUGAAGUAAAAGUGGAGACCGCUUUAGUAUCAGAAGAGCAACAAAGCAACAAAUAUUUAAUAGCGUUGGUUUGCUUCAUCAUAAUCGGAUUGUGUGCCGCCGGUUUUAUAGGACUAUUGUAUUUGCGUCAGCGCAGAAGGAACUUAGGACUGAGCGGUGUAAACUUGUCACCCUCCGCAGACUCUUGCCACAGAAAUCACGAAGAUGAGAAGUCCAAUAACUUGCAAAACGAAGAGAAUCUACGUCGUUACACGAAUCCCUUGAAGGAUGACGUUGGCAGCAUGGCUAGCAUAAAUUCAGCGGGCGCAUGCGGGCUUGACAUGCCUAAAGUGAGCGUAGUAAGACCGCUGUCUAUGAUGCCUCACGACAGUUCCAGCGAAAUGUUGGAAAUGAUAUCCGAAGUGGACUGUCCAGGUUCGAGGAAAACAAUGAUGGUCUUGCCAGGCACAAGUUCCGACACCAACACGCUCAAAUUGAACGACGGUGUUAAAAUUAGUGACAAUAUCAAGUUAGGUGAUGGGCUCAGUCCUGCGCAUCGCAGUAGCCAAAUAAUGCUGUACAAGGCGCAGAAUCCGGACGUGCGAAAAAACACUGCUGCGUUCGACGAUUCGUCGGGUCAUAAGGACUUUAGCAAAAGUAUUAUUAAUAUAAACAAACAGAGGACUUCACAACAGAACACUAGUGGUAGUGUGGAUGUGCUGACAGUGCUUGUGUAACAGGGCCAGUGUAAUGUUAAUGAACAUAAGUGGGUAGUAACGAGUUUUCACGUACUUUGUGUGUUAUGCUUGUUAAGAUUAUUAUUGUAAACCAAGUGCUGGACAUUAAAACUAAGUUUGAUUCAAGUCUAAUUGCUCGGCUCAGUUAUUUCUGAUAUAAAUUGAUUUACUGACUGGCUAUUAUGGUUUACGCAGUAUUAGUGCUGACACAAUAUCGAGUGAUACAUAAACUCGUUACAACCUUUUACCUUCAACUUGGGCUUCUUGAGCAAAACUUGACUGCAGUAUAAUUUUUUUUUUUAUUUGUGCAAUUUUAGUUGUAAGAGAGACUAGAAUUUUAAUAUAUUAUUAUUUAUAUUCACUGCAGUCAAUCUCUAUGAUAAUGUCAUUAAACAAUUUCAUGUUGUGAACAAAUUAUUGUAAGUAAAUUAAGAUGUUACUAGAUAAAAUAUGUAGAUCAAUAUUAUUUAGUUUUUCUGAGUAAGUAAUUAUUGUUUGCACUGAAGCCCCUAAAAUAUGAACAUUAUAAAUCUAAUGAACAAUAUAAAGUGAUAUCUAGAGAUUGAUCUCGUGAUUAAAAAAAAACAACUGGUGACACAAUAAUAUAGAAAGUGUGUUAUUAUAGUGUGAUAUUAUUUAAUAUUUUGAUUUGUUUUUAUAAAUAUAAUUUGUUAGAAUUUUUAAAAUUAUUUUUAUUUAAAUUUAAUAUUUCUUUAGUUCCAAUCAAAUGUGUAUAUAUACUUUGUUUUUUUUUUGUAUUUAUUGUAUUAUUGUUCCUGACUUUUUAUUAGAUUUUAGUUUUAUGUCAUAAUAUUCCAUUUAAAUAAAAAAGCAUCUUUCAAAUAUCUGUAAAAAAUAUUUAGUAUUUUAAUUUAUUAAUAGUUUUCUUUACUUCCGUAUAGAAUUUUUUAUAAAUAUCUGAAUGAUGCCCUAUGAAAUAUAAAAAAUCUUUAUUGUAAUACAUAUUGUUGUAAAUAUGUACAUAGUAUCCCAGUAUUCAUAAAGUUAACUAAAACCAUAGUUUUAAAAGUUUAUAGUAAAAUACUCAUUCCGGAAUAUUAGAAAUGAUGUUAUGUUAAACGCAGUACUUAUAUAACAUUUACUAUAGUGCCUUGUACUGAUUCCACAUUACAAUGGAACGGAUGUUAAAAAAACUAUCAUACACUUGUCACAUUCUACACACAUGAGAUUUUUUUAACUUAAAAAGUAUUAAAUAGAGUAAUAUGUAUGUAUAUUUUGUAUAAAAUACUUUUGUAGAAUGCAAUAAGCUUGUGUAAUUAUUAAAAAAUUAUUUAGAGCUUGUCAAUUUUAAGAUGAAAUAAAUAAUUAAUAAAAUAAUUAGUUUCAUUUUUACGAU